GUCUUGUGCCUACAUUCACAAACAUGAUACUCUUAAGAAACUUGGCUGUGCUAAUUCUAGUAGCCGCAACAUUUGCUCAAGAUUAUUAUGACGAUGAACCUCAACCUUCACCUAGAGCCAGACCUGCACCUGCUAGAGUUCAACCGGGUUAUUCAGGACCGAAUGAACCGAGAGCCACUCCAGUUCCAAUCCUCAAACAAAUCAAUAGGCACAACGAAGAUGGUUCAUACACAUAUGGAUAUGAAUCAGCCGAUGGUACAUUCAAAAUUGAAACAAAACUGCCCACAGGAGACGUGAAAGGAAAAUACGGUUACAUUGAUGACACCGGUAAAGUACGCGUCGUAGAAUACGGUGCCACCAAAUACGGAUUCGAUCCCAGUGGAGAAGGUAUUACAGUACCGCCGCCGACAUUAGUGGAUGAAUCUCAAAAAGAAGGACAACAACAAGACUUAGAUUACUACGAACCACAAACUCGAGCUCAAAUUCCACCAAGAAGAGCUCAAGUCAUCAGACCAAAACCUCAACCUCGACCACAGCCAUCUUUCCAAGAGUAUUCUCCUCCACAACAGUUUGAACCUGCACCUGCACGUCCAGCUGCAGGCCCAGCUCAAAUUGAUUUCGAUUUCGGACCUCCUUCUCGACCGGCACCGACAAGAGCGUUCGUUCCAGUAUCGGCUCCUCGUCCUAGACCUCUUCAAAUACCAGGAGCACAGCCCGCUCCAAUCAACGAAGAUUUUGAACCAGCUCCUAUCAGAACUCAACCUAGAGUAACUUAUGCUCAGCCUGCUUCGGCUCCUUCAAGACCAGCUCCUGUUGCUUUCGAAAGACCCGCUCCUAGAUUCUCACCCGCGCCAGCCCCCGCGCCAGUAUAUCAGCCUAGACCUGCACCGUCUGUACCAUCUGCGGGCAGAUCCGGAGGAAUUUUGGAUCAGUUGAGUAAGGAUUACGCUUUACCGUCUGGAGGAGCCGCGCCUCUGCACGAUAUCAGUUUCGGGUACUAUUAAAGACUUACGAUUGAAAUAAUCAUAAACUGUCAUAUUUUAACAUAAUAGAAAGUUAAGGAGAUAAUUUGUUUCAACAUCGUUGGUAGUUACUAGUUUUUCCAAUUCCAAUUAAUAUUAAUUACGGGGUGAAGUAUAAAUCCCCCGUUAUAAUUUAUGAAUAUUACUUUUCCCUUUUGGAAAUUAUACCCGGAGUAACGUCAGCUUCAGAUUGUAGAUAUUUUACAAAAUCUUCAUUUCCAUAGCUAGUUACUGAAAUCGUUAAAUUGUCCACAUGAAAAGACUGUAACACCUUGACUGCAGGUUUUGUAAACACUCUAGAAUCUUUAAAUCAAAGUUUUUUUUUGUAGAAAUCUACCUUCAGAAAUAACUAUCGUGUAGUUAAGAAUGCUUUCAACAGAUAAGAUCAUCAACAUUUUGCAAUGUCAUCAAUAUAUCUGGUAGUAACUCUUUCUAUAAGCAAACUUAUCAUAAGAUUAUUCAUAUAUGGGUCAAAGAGAAUUGAAUUAAUUGGAUUAUUUUUGGUUCCUGUGUGCUCAAUGUUAACGAUUCCUUUUUUUAUUUUCUAAUUUACUUCCUUCCUACCUUUUCAUAUGUAAGGCUUGUUCAAGUUGGGUCAUUGCUUGGGCUCCUUUUUCAUUCUUUCCAAUCAUGUGACUUCAGUACUAUUUCCUGUCAUUUUAUUCUUCGUUUUUUCACUACCAUCUUUAUUUCUUUUAUCCAACUUUCUUUUUAUUAUUUUUUCUUUGUUUUUAUAAGCUCGUGCUUAAUACAUCUUCUCUAUUAAUCUACCAUUCUUAUUUUAGUUGUUCUUCCUUGAUUUGAUUUUUAUUUCAUUCUAAUCUUAAAAUUUCUUUCAUAAUGUUUUUCUUUAUGUUAUUAUAUUUUGUUUUAUUCUCUAUUUUCCCAUUUCUGUACUCUGUGUUUUGUUUUUUGUUAUAUAAAAUUUUUGUAUCAAGUUUUUUCAAUCUAUUUUUUUUUUCGUUUCCUAACAUUUUUGAUCUAUUUUCUUUCUUCUCUUUAUUUACUUUGCUAUUUGUACACACAAUUGUUCAUUUUUACUGGAUUUUAAAAUCUUUUCUGUGUCUAAAGUAGUUUUUUCUAAUAAUUUCAUUUAUAACUUUACUUAUAUUAACUAUUCCUAAUGCUUUGUCACUUAUUUCUAAGUAUACUUUUGUUAAUUUUUUCCUUUUCUAUAAUUAUAUUUCCUACCUUCUAUUUUUCGUAUUUACCAAUCUUCUAUUUAUCUUUAUAGUACACUUCUUUUAAAAAUUUCCCUUCUUUGAUAUUUUCUUUCUACUUUCAACUACCUUUCACCUUUUCUUAUCUAUACUGUUUUAACACUUACUUUUUAAACUGUAUCUUUUAUUUAUUUCCAGUUAUAUUUCCUUUUCUUCUAUUUUGCCUUUUGUUCAAAUCUUCUAUUUAUCUUUAUAGUAUACUUCUUUCAAAAUUUUCCCUUUUCUGAUAUUUUCUUUCUAUUUUCAACUACCUUUCUCUUUUUCUUAUCUAUACUGAUUCAUCAUUCACUUUUAAACUGUCCUUUAACUUAUCUUUUCUUUAUUUUCUUGUUUUCUUUUCUUUCUGUCCUUCCAAUCUUCCAUUUAUUUUUAUAGUACUCUUUUUUUCCUAUCUCAACUUCCCUUUCUUAUUUUCUAAUCUAUCUCUUUCUGCACUAAACAUUAAGUUAUCAAGGUCACUUUAACCUAUAACAUGUACGUUUCAAAUAUAACAGUCUCGAUAUUUUUGUAAGAAAAUUUUGAAUAAGUCCAUGAUCAACUCCAACGACAGCGUCACAUAGAUUUAAUAUUAAAAAUAGAGGGAGCCGGGUGAAGGAUGGGCUCUAAAUACCGAUAGAGAGAGAAAGAACAUCCGUAUAUAUAUCUCUCUGUCUUGUUGUCUAUUCUUAUUGGGUCGCCUGAUGACUUUGAGUGAUGGGAACGAUAAAGGAAGGGAGUGGCAUGUUUUGAUUUUAAUAGAAAGUGUCGACCAACCGCCAAUGAAAAUUGUCAUUCUUAGGAAAACGAAAA